AUGAAUUAUCAGAACGUCACGCCACCCCCGAGAUUCACAGAUGACCCGUUGACGCCGCCAUCGACCGCGAAGAAGCCAUUUGCAGAAGCGCAUCGUGUUAUCGCUCUUUUCAAACAAAUUCACGCAGGAACUGACGCUGAGCGAGACGCGCGGACGGAGUUUCAGCUUGCAGACGGAGAGUACGAUCAGAUAGAGAGCACGCUUCAACAAGACGAUGUGCUUUCGGGAUACGUGGACGAGAAGAUACGGUAUGACUACGACGAAGACAAACGCAAAUUAGUCGUUCGCAUGCCUACCGAGAUACACGAACGUUUCAUCGACAAAGUGGAGGACGACAUUCGGAGCCAGCUAAAAACAAUACAAAAUGGAUCAGGCAAGAAGGCAGAAUUCGCGCAAAAAGUGCAUCCUGCCCGAUCGACCCAUAUACGUCUCGGCGAUAGCAUGUCGUCUAAAUCGAAGUACGAGCCAGACGCGUCAUUCAGGCAUAAACACGCACAAUACCCAGGUGUUAUAGUUGAAGUCGCGUACUCGCAGAAGAAGCCGUGUUUAGGCAGGCUAGCUGAGAAUUAUAUAUUGGACUCGGAUGCUAGCAUACGGGCUGUUGUAUGCGUACACAUUGAGUACGGCAAUAAGGAGUCGCGCAAAGCAACGUUGUCGGUCUGGCGACCCAAGUUGUUCAAUACUGAUGACGGACUUGAAUUACAAGCUGUAGAAGAGGUCGCAGAUGUGGCUUUUCGCGAUGAAGAAGGAAAUCCCGUUGAUUAUCCUGGCCUACAGCUCCGCCUCAGCGAAUUCGCCUACGAAGGACUCGCCCAGAAGGAAAUGGGUGACGAAGACACACUUGUCCACAUUUCUGGAACAAAACUCUGCGAAUACCUUAAUGCGGCAGAUGGCAAAGAAGAGAAAGCACUAGGCAAGCAUGUCUUUGCUAAGGAGGUCAAGAAGCGAAAACGGUCGGAAACACCUCCGGAAGAGAUUAGAGCGGGAGAUGAGGCAAUAUACGCCAGGGAAGAGGAGAGAGCAGCGAAGCGCACAGAUCGUGACAUGGACUAUCAGGAUAGAUCAUCGACUAAGAGCUUUUCAGACUAG